AUGACAUUCAGCAGCUCAUUCAGGACAAGCAGAGAGCUUCAAUUUUUUACUAUUAUUGCUAUCCUUGUUGUCCGUCCUUCACAAUCAUGGCUUGUUCACGAAGUAGAAAAAAACGCUGCUAACAGGCUAGCAACUUGCCUGUACAAGGUCUUCCAACAAAAUACAGGAUUUGAUAUGCUGCACAAGCUGUAUAAAAAUUUUUCUUGUGUUGCUCGAGAUACCGACGGCCAGCAAUUGCUUCGCAAUAUAACUAAACACGCCGAGGCCCGAAUUAACAGUAGUCGAAGGUUUUUGCAGGGCCUGAGAGAAAGGAUGCAGCUACCUUCAGCAGAUUCUCUUCAAGGAAAUGUUACAGGCUGUUGUAGAGAGAAUUCGAAUGUUUUGCGUAUCCAGUUCAAUGAACGAGUUCGCUCUUUCGUCGAUUUAACGAAAGGCUGUUUCAUCAGAGAUUCUUCAGGUACCAGUCAGGAUAAUGUGGAAUUCAGCAGUGAGUUAUUGAGUUUUUAUGAGGGACAUUUCAACGAGUCGGAGACAGUGGCAUGGCAGUAUUACGGUUCUAUAGACGGAGAGUAUUUGCAGUAUCCUGCCAAUACACGCUAUUGUGGGGGCAACAGUUUACAAUUCGACCCACGAUUUAAGUAAGUUCUUUAUAUUUUUGUGAGACCCUAAACUGUAGGUUGCGUUUCCUGAUCACAAAAGGCCCCUUCCAAGCGAAUCCGGGGCAUUCUGGGACAGUAUACUUAGUGAACUAGAAAAUCGUCCGGUUACAAUUGUUCACGCAAAUUCGCAAAUAUAAUCCGUCGAUUAAAAACAAAACAGUCUGGAGGUUUGGGUGAGCAAAUUAACUGGUUUGGUGUGACGGGAGGCCGAUUGGUUUAAAACAUGUAUAUAUGUGGUAUCAAGAUAUCCUGAUUCGAGUGGACGGGGAUUGAAAUAAUACUCAGUUUGCUGUUUUUUCACCCUAACCUAAUCAGAACAAAGCAACGUUAAAACUAUAAUUACUAGGGCCCCAUCAAUACGAAUCUGGACACGCUUAAAUCAAUUCGUAAAUAUCCGGUUUUCAUUUUCUAGACAGUUCGCAAGUCCGUCGGAUCCAAAAAAACCUAUGAAAAACGGACUCACUGGUUUCGAGUGGACAGAGGGCCGAUUCUUAUGAAAAAAAUGUGCGGUUUUAAAAAUAUCCAGAUUCAUGCGGACGGGGUAUAACUGAUUAACUCGACACAGUAAAAACUAUAAAGUCAUAUUUGGGGCUAAAAGCCAAUUCCUCGAGUUUCCGUUGGUUCAGUCGUAUUGUGCGUUGUUUUUUAAGUCGAAUAUGGGCUCAGAUCCUCCUAAAUGGCUGUAGCCAGCAUUUUUAAUCGAGUCUGUUUUGAUUAAUGAAACUUAGAUCAUGGUACGUGGAAACUGCUUCACCCGUUAGGAAGAAUUUAGUAAUAAUUAUUGAUCGCAGUGGUUCUAUGAGUGGGUUAAGGAUGAGGCUGGCUAAAGAAGCCGCAUUUACAGUACUGGACACAUUAUCACCAAAAGACAACGUAAGUAUUGUUCAUUUCCGAAAACAACAAGAGUUUAUCAGACUAGCUACUAGACUGAACAUUUACAUCUCUAAGGCCCCACUUCUUUAGACAAAAGUUGUCCCUGAGAGAAGGGUCACCCGCCUACCCAAGCUACCCUUUCGUAUAUUUCCUUACAAAAUGUGGCGAACUGUUUACAUGAGCAACAACAAAAAAUUGGCUCGCCUAGAAGGGUGACGGUCACCCUCCUACCUUUACCUACUUUCUUCAUACAUAAACACUUUGGCUCGCCCAGCUGGUUGCGAGCGCUGUGUUAGACAAUCAGAGCAUGUACGAGUGCUUUCUCAUAUAAACGCUCGCUAAAGUUGACUCGGCUAGGAGGUCGACCCAUCUACCCGGGACAGGUUUUCUCCAUAUAAACGAGACCUAAUAUAAGCAACGCAAGUAAAUGGAAAUUUGAUGGAAUCCUGAUCCAACUAUUUGGAAGCCCAGGACCCAAAUGCCCUGAGAUACAAGUGAAACUGCGUUUAAAGCCCCGUGGAAACGGACGCAACAUUGUUGGCCAACAUCUUCCAACCUUGUUGGAUGUUACAUGUUCCGUCCGUUUGCACACCCUGUUGCAUGUUGUUGGGAAAUGCUGCACAAAGUUUGAACCUGUCAGACUUUUGAGCCAACAACAUUUCUUUUGUUCCAUGAUCGCCGAAGCGUAGUGCAACAAUGUUGGAUCCGUUUGCACAGCUCAUCCUUAACAGCUCAUCCAAAAUUGUUGGUGCCACGCACGCGCAUUACACGUGGUCUCCAAAGUCUUAUGGGUUGUAUCUUUUCCAUAAUACACUGUAGUUCCCAGCAUUGGUGGAAGUUGUUGCAUCCGUUUGCGUCCGUUCGUAACUUAGUAACAGAAAAGCAGUUAAAAGUUCAGUUGAAGUAGAAUGGCUUGAAGUAGGAUGGCUUGGGUUUGCUCCGGUGUUAUUCUACUUUUCAAACUUAUUCCAGUACAUUCAUAGGCAUACAUUAUUCACUGAAAGAGGAGGAGCAGAAACAGGUUCUCUCUCGCCUGUUUGAAGGCUACUGGCAUCUCAAGAUAGUGAAAUACUUCACAAAAAUUGGAAAAGGGACUAGGCAGGUACUAAUAAUUAAUGCAAUAACGCCCAGUUUGUUUUGUCUUUAUAAAGGUUGGUCUUGUUGCCUUUUCCAGCUACACUGAAACCCCUUCUGGUUGUUUUGGCUCUAUAGUCGCAAAAGGAAUACCUGCUAAUUUGGAGAGACUGAGAGGGUGGCUUGAAAACAUCUACGCACUCGGUAGGACGUAUGCUUUGAUUCAUAUGCUCACCUUAAGUGGUGUUAGGCGAAGAUUCAGUGACGAUUUUUUUUACUUUUGUCAGUUAAACUUGAGGGAAUCCAAAUUUUAUACCUUUCACUUUCCAUCAGGAAACUAAUGACCCUAAAACACUUUUCAAGAAGAAUGUAGGAGCCUAGGGUCACGUCACCUAGAUCGCGCAAAGACAUCAGUCUUGCACGUACUGUAUUUUGUGGCAGUUCGUUCGAUUGUCAAAAGCGUCUUUCAUCUGCCUGUUUCUCUAGAAAUUGGUGGCAACGGUACGGAAACCAUGUCUGACAACUACGGAGAAAGAGCGACUGGUUGCUCUCAACAGAGGCCGGAAAAAUCUCUUCAUAAGUCCGGCGAGAAAAGCGCCACUGGUAGAAUUAAAACCAACAGGUCCACAUGAAGCCACGAAACCCGCUUCGUUCAACGAUCUGGUGAAGGCCAUAACUGAAGCCUUCAAACUGUCAGUGGCUAAACCGAGUACAAGUACAGCGAUCCAAUCGGCCGAGGCAUCUCUCUAAAUCAACCGAAACCAUAUUCGCUCGGUAAGAAAUUUCAUGUUAUGGUUAUUGGAAUUCGAGGAAUACUUAAAGCUUGCUGACAUUACGGAACAGAAGACGGAAGCGUUUAUGAUUACUUGAUUACUCUGUUGGAGCAGCCGGCCUACGGAGCCCUUCAACUUCUUCGAAUCUCAGAGAGCACCUCAUAUCAAGGGUCCUUAGAACGCAUCACGACACGGUUUGACUCAGGAAAAUCAACCCGCGCUUGUAAGAUGCUAAUUCGUGCUCGUCAACAAAAGCAAAGCGUAUGCUGAAGAGCUGUUGGGACUGGCAGAAAACGCCUACUCUGAUGCCGCCUAUCGAUUCAAAGAAGAACUCUCGAAAGACCGGUUCUUAAAGGAAGUUCCCGUUUGUUGUAGUGAUGGAUGCCGCUAACAGUUUUUCAUGAAGCAACCAGAUAGCCUCGCUGUCGCCGUUCGCCUGAUUCCACAGUUGGAAAGAGCUCGCACUGCUUCACGCAGUUCGACACUGUCUAAACCAGCACGGCCGCAGUUGAACUAAGCCGAGAGUGAUGAAGAUUUUUCUGAUGUUGCAGAGCUUAAGAACCUGAUUGUCUCUAUCAACUCAAGGCUUGAAAGGUUGGAACAACGAUACCCCACGCGGCCGCUAUUCCUCUCGGGAACUCGCCGGAGUUCAAUGUUAUUGUUGACAAAAUUAGGGGAAUUACGCCCGGGAUUGCCCUAAUGCUUCGGGAAAAGGACAUAGGGCACUGCCACGGGUCGAUCCUUCCCCUUAAAUCAUCCAAGGACCCAAAAUGUUUCAACGGGAGAAGCGUCCAGGAGAGAGAAUUUGUUUGUUUUGAGUGGACGUGGUGUUCAUAUUUCUGGACUGAUCAAUCAGGCUCGGAUUUCAGUUCUCCUAGAUACUGGCGCUACCUCUAACAUCCUCAAUGAAGAAACUUGGAAGAAAAGCGGAAAUAAUCGUUCAGCUAAGCUUCAUAAGAUGAAAGUGACUCCCGACUUGGCUAAUGGUGAAGUUUCAGCAAUUCAGGGAAGAUCAGUAAUAUCCUUACGCCUCGGAAAUUCUAAAUUUUAAGCUGAUGUUGAUUGUUCGUGACAUUCCUCACGCGUGCAUUCUUGGAUCAGAUUUCUUCGAACAAGAGACAUGUCGAAUUUUGAUACGGGAACCUCUGUGGCUAAGAGGGAAGAGCGGCCGAUCUUUUGUCAGAAGAAGGCACCGUGCGUUUACUGUAUCAUCCUUUCAGAACAAGUUGAGUUCCAACCAGGAACAGGGCUAGUUUUAUGCGGAAAGUUAGAACCUGGAUUGGUGGGACACCCGGAAUUUUGGAAGGGAUCGAGAAAGAAGCAAUGGAAAAGUUUGGUGCUAGAUUUUGUGUGGCACAAACAUUAAGUAUUCCAAAGGAGGGUAACAUGACUGUUCACCAAGGAAAUUUCUCAGAGAAAUCCAUUACCCUAAAGCCUUGGAAAGGGCAAUUUCUCGAUCCCAUUCAAGAAUCCUUGUGGAUUCAAGUGCUAGUGAGAACAAUACGUCUUUCAAGCCUAUUCAAAGUCAUCAAGGACCAAAGGCUUUCUUGGAUGAAUCAGUGUGGAAGAUAGGUAUCCGUGCUGACUACUCAGGCCUUUCGAUAGAGCAACAAACUUCAUUUGCUGAUUUACUAGAGGAAUACCAGGACUACCGGAGAUGGUGAGCUGGGGCGAACCGAUUUGAUGGAACACACAAUUGACACUGGCUCCGCCGCACCCAUUAAACAAGCACCCCGUCGUUUACCACCGUGAAGGAUGAAGUUGACCGACAACUCUCUCAGCUCAUGAAAAAAGGGAAAAGAACCACCCAAUAGCCCCUGGAGUAGUCCCACUGUUCUGGCCAUGAAGUAUGAUGCUUAGAUGCAUUACAAGAGAUUACAGCUUAACAUAAAACAGUUACUGUAAGGGAUGCUCAACCUCUUCCGAGGACGGACGAUAUUCUGAAAUCCUUAGGUGUUGGGGCAAAGUGGUUCAGCUGCCUCAGCCUGGCCUCAGGGUAUUUGCAUGUCCCCGUUGCCAAGAAAGACUUGCUCAAAACGGCAUUCGUCACGCAUCGAGGUCAAUUCCAGUGGACCUGUUUACAAUUGGGCUAACCAAUGGGCCUGGAACGUUUAUGUGGCUAAUGAACUUAGUGUUACGAGGACUUAACUGGAAGCACUGCUUGGUUUACUUGGAUGAUGUAAUUGUCGUACCCAGUGCGUUUGAGGAACACCUAUUCCCUCUCCGAGCAGUAUUUGAAAUUACGAAAGGCAGGGUUGAAAUUGAAACCGCAGGAGUGUGCCUUCCUUCAGGGAAAGGUCUCCUUUCUUGGUCACGUGGUAUCGGCUGUUGGCAUCAAUACUGAUCCAGAGAAGACUAGUGCUAUCCUUGACUGGCUAACCGGUGAUAAUACCUCGAAAGUGAAAGGCUUCCUCGGCCUCGUAACAUACUAUCGUCGAUUUAUUCCUUGCCUCUCAGAAAAGGCAGAACCUUUGAACUGCUUGACUAUGAAGGGGUCCUGAACAGGAGAGAGCCUUUUGUGAACUUAAGCAGUGCCUCGUUCAACCACCUGUUCUUGUAUAUCCUGACUGCCGCUCAUCUAGUGGCCAGUUUGUUCUGGAUAGCGAUGCAAGCAGUGGCCAUGGUAUUGGAGCUGUGCUGUCUCAGAAGCAGGUAGAUGGUACAGACCGUGUUGUGGACUAUGGAAGUCGAGCAUUACACCUCCUUGAAAGGAACUAUUGUGCAACUCGACUCGAGAUGCUUGUAUUAGUGGAAUUUGUCGACUAUUUUAGUUCUAUUUGCUUGUUCGUAAGUUUCUCAUCCGAACAGACCACUAUGCCUUGAAGUGGUUGAUGUUGUUUAAACAACCUGAAAGCCUAGUAGCCGGCUGGUUGGAGAGACUCCCAAGAGUACGAUUUUGACAUUUCGCAACCUCCAUAUGCACCCACUGAUUACACAAAUCAAAGAAGGAAGAUCUCCACCCACAGCGUAAGAAGAGGAAACCUACAGUCUCCUUACCAGAGCAAUAUAUGCACAGUAUCCAUUACUGGAACUGUGGGACAAUGUGUUGAAGCUAAAGGCUGAGGACAGAGAGAAGCACUAAAGGCCUGAUUCAUUCUCCCGCUAGCCUGGUGCACACUGCGUUGAAACGACUAUAUGAUGGAAUGGAAGGUAGUCACCUUCGGCGCCUCAAGACCUUGCGCAAGGUGCAAGCAAGAUUCUGGAGACCAGGCCUCGCUAGUGCCGUUAAGGAUUACUACGCAGCCUGCUUGACGUUUCAGGGCGGAAAAACGUUCUGCGCAAGAUUCUGCGCACGUCUUAUUGCAGGCUCAAGGCGGGCUGUUCUGACUGUGUUUGUUUGUCACUGAGAGUGAACGUUUGCUAUGGUAAAGCCUUUUUACCUGUUUUUUUUUUUCCGUCACUUGAAAAUUACUUUGGAUUCAGAACAACCAAUGUUAAAGGAAAAACGGAUCAUUCCGUCAGUCUGAGGUGGAAUAAAAAGUUUUGAACAUUUCCAAAGAGGCGAGUAUUUUUCUGAUUGUGCAUUCGGUUAAUUUGUGAGUUGAUUUCACCUUCUUUCGCCGGGCUGAAUUAAAACCCGCUUGUAUCCUAUUAUUAGUAGUUACAGUUACUUUUAUUGCAUGCCCAGAUUUAAUACCUUUGCAGAACCAGAUUUAUCCUUCUCUUCGGUCAAAGAACCAUAUUGCUAACGUAUGCGAGUGAACAAACUUGUUGGCUUAAAAAUUUCUCAGAAAUAUAAGACCAGCAAGCAUACUCGAGAAGAAAAGACUACUUCGAUCAUUUCUCUGUUGCUCAAGUAAUAAUAGUCAGAGUGUUUUCAUGUCAUUUUUAAUUCAUACUUUUGUUUUUUAGUGCACUGCGAAAGUUUCUUUUCUUUAUAAGAAAUAACUUUCUGUACGCAAAUUUUCCUUUUCACUCGCUGUGAAGUAGAGAACGAUAACUGCCGGCAGUGACUUCAAAACAAUUGACCCUCUGCCCGUGAACAAUUGCUGGAGCUGGAUUUGACUGAAGCGAGCAAAGCAGACCCUUGUAAUGAUUUUCUGAGUGCAAGUUGCUUGAAUGAAGACCCUCGCAUGGACCAGUUAUUAAAAAUAGCUAAUGGUGAAUCAUGGCUUGGCUGCGAAGCUUAUAACUGAUCUUUUGGUUUUAAGAUCUUUAGGUGGGUUGUUUUUCUAAAGAAAAUUCAUUUCUUCACUGUCAGCAGGUAGAAUUAUGAUAAUUUGUAGUUUUUGCAACCUUGUUCAAGCUUUUUUUUAGUUCGCUGAAUUUUGUGCAUGAUGGAAUUGUUCUAUGCUUGUCGCAUCUCUUGGUGAGCUUAAAGUGGCGUCUCUUCCUUGAAGUGAGUCAGUUGGAAAUUAAAUCAUAUACGUAACCGGAAAGUAAUUUUUGCAAUAAUGUAACUUUAACUUUGUUUGAAGGAAAUCCUACUUACGCGCAGGGUUUUGACAGGUGUUAUGCAUGUUCAACUUGAGAACACAAAAGCAAAAUUUAUCUGCGAGAAACUAUUAAGUUUUGACUGAAAACUAUAGUUGCUUUGAACCGAUUUUUGGGAAGAUUUUACUUGAUAAAGAUUGACUCUUUUUCUGCCCACAUAUCAACGCCAAAACUUCUACAUUGAGGAUUUUGUUUAUAUUUCAGUGGUCUGUGAAGCUACAAUUGUCCGAUCGAGGGUGGGUUUUAAAAUUUCAGCUCGAGGGCGACAAAGUUCAGUGACUUCAAACACAUUGUGGGCGUACAUUAAUUUAUUGGGCAAAUCAUUGUACAAAGAUAUAUAUUUUUUUUGUCCACAGUGGAGCUCCAGACCUUAUAUAUCCAAGACCUUCCUUAUAUGAACACAUUUUGUGAAUGCAUCUUGAAAAAAAUCGGACCUACGCAUGCACAUUUCAUGUACAACGCAAGAAAAUUACUGUCGUUAAAGUCCGUUUUACUAUAAGAUAUUUUUCCAGAAAAUUAAGUAAUGAGAAGGUUAUAACCACAGUUUGCAACUUUUGAAGAAAAAUUGCUUGUACUUUUCAGGUUUUGAGUGGAAACAUUUUAUAAUUUUUAGGCAAAAAAUAUUUGAAAUCCCGCCAUUUUUUCAAACCCGGCCAAUGGAUCUGGGCAAAAAAGUUCAUGCAUGCUCAUCACGUUUUUCCGCCCUGAAGUUUGAUGUUUGUUUAGUGGAAAAACAGCUUAAAAAGGCCCAGCAACGACAGAAGGAUUGCUUUGACAACGGUGUUGAAACUUGCCAAUAUGUACCCGGUGACUUGGUUUUCCUGUUCAAUCCUCAGGUUAAGACAGGCGAAGCUGCGAAGUUUCACGGCGAAAGGAAGGGGCCUUAUGAGGUUCUAGAGCGCACAACUGAGGUUAACUAUCGCAUAAAGACGCCAAGUGAUCCCGGACGCCGUUCGAAAGUUAUUCAUUUUAACAAUUUAAAGCUGUACCAGUACAAAACGAGGUGAAUUCACACGGGGACAGAAGAAAGGUAUUAAGCUUGAGGCAAAGUUGCCAUUGACACUCGCACAAAUGGGACGAAAGUGACGACUUACCAGCAGAUCUUUUCUCCUUCCCACGAAAUUCCAUGGUGGUGUCUUCAACUGAGAACACCACCUUGGAGAUACCAGUUGAAGAGACCACCCUUGACGUAACCACCCCCAAGCUCAAAUUGCGGAGACCACCCCGCAAGCACGAAGUGGACGUAAGGCCCAACACGGCGGCUUAGACGUUACCCUCUUGCCUCAUAAAGAUCUGGGACAAGUACAAGAGAAAGCGGUGGAAACCAACGUGGACAUUGAGUAUGACGAAAGCAGCAGUUCUGAUACUACACGUACGGACGUACCCCAUUAACGAUUGAUGACCGUUCACCCUUGAAGAGAAUGAGGCGUCCCCUGGAUCGCUAUGGAUAAUGGGAGUUCAAUGCUGUAAUGUCUUCAGAUGUACCACUGGGAAAGAACAUGGGAGUUUCCGAAGGGUCAUCCAGGCACAGAAGGAUGGAAUUCCCAGUCUAAAAGAAGAUUCAGGUGUGCGGAAAGUUACCCACCUAACGAACAAAGGGGAGCAGUGGAAAAAGAAAAGACACACUCUGCUGAACUUUGGUGUUGAACAAACUGAACUAACUACCGACAUAGACAUUUCGUUUUCCUAUUAUUUUUUUCCUUUGUUAAACCCAACAAAUUUAAACUCCCACUUUUUAUGGGGGGGGGGGGGGGGGGUGGGGGGGGGGGGGGUUAGGGUGGGGGCUGGGGUCAGGGGCCCUGAGGUUUUGGGGCAAGAUAACCAGCUUUGACCGGGUUUGUUUUUUUGACGCUUUGUUCGGUUUUUAUUGGCGUUGGGAAAUGCUUUUCAUCGGCCGUUUUUUUUAACAGAAGUGAGUUGGGGCAACCUGACACCACAAAACGAAAGAGAGGAGGUGAGAAAAAAAAAAAAAAUCACGUGUGAGGGAAUUGUGUGUGUAACAAGACAAACAAACUCGUCGAUAGAGAUUUGUUGUUUUUUUUUUUUUUGUUUCUUUAGUUACCCCAAAAAGUCUUCAUUCCCGUUGGUUGGGGGGGGGGGGGGGGGGGGGGGGGGGGGUGGGUUAGUGUAGGAGCUAGGGUCACGUGACCUGUAGUUUUGGCGCAAAGAUACCAGUCUUGCACGUGUUGUAUUUUGUGACGCUUCGUUCGGUUAUUAGUGGCGUUUGGAAAUGUCUUUCAUCCGCCUGUUUCUCUACAAGAAUUUGAUCUUUUCCUUUAAACUCAAAGUUAGUCGGGCUUAAUAACUUAAAGCUACUUUUUGAUGACUUUUCCCUCUGUACAGGAUUAACACACUAUGCCAAAGCGUUUAAAGUGGCCUUCGGCAUGUUUCAGAAUGUAACGAAUGAUAAGGUAGGAUGCCGAUAUCAGUUAACUAGUUCUGUAUUUUUAAAUGCUACUCCAUUACGAACUGUAAGUUUAUGAGAGCACUGAACACCGUAUAUUCAAGUACUCAUGCUAUCAAACAGUAUAGCAAAUUUAUGCAUUUUCAUUUUUUUCAGAGUUCCGGGACAAGCAAUAUCAUCUUGUUUCUCACGGAUGGUGACCCCACUGAUUCUGAAGAUGCAAUAUAUCAAGCAAUUGAGGAAGGACAGAUCAGUAUGGUUAGGCUGACUUGUUAGCAUGCGUUUAUAUAUGAUCUGUACAUUUUUUGUUAACUGGCCAGUGAGUAGCUAGACUAAGUAGAACUGUUGUUUAUAGAACCAUUCUGUUCAGAUCAACACUUACGCUCUUGGUGCCGGCCUGUCAGCGAUCAGUCUUCAACGCCUUCGAAGAAUUGCUCUCAGUAAUAAUGGUGUAUUCAAUGAAAUCAGAGAUCAACAGGGAGGUGUGUUGAAAACAAUUAUGGGAAGUUACUACACAUCAGUUAAGACUCCUUUAGAGCAAGAACCCAUGCUUUCCGCGCCUCAUGUAGACCCGACGCUUGGUCUGAAGGUGGUAUUAUCCGUAGCACUUAUCCAAAAUGGAACUUUUAAGGGCGUGCUUGCUCUUGAUCUGCCUCUCAAGCGCCUGUUUAAAGAGAUCUUUCAGCUUCCGUCCUCAACCCUGACGUAUGCUGUACUUGUAGACAAAGAAGGUAAUAUGCUUUUACAGUUUUAACGAAGGUUUUAUUUUUGGUAACAGACUCCGCACCCAGCUCGGCUGACGUAAAAACAAAAUUGUAUUUAUCUCUCGAAUUUUCUGAAAUUAAGAAGACAAAUGCGUCAUCCAGCGAAGAUCAGUAUAGCCUGCUAAGACGGGUUGUAUGUAUGUACAUGUAUGCAUGUAUGUACGUAUGUAAAACGCAUAAAGUAGAGUUUCCACACACGCAGACUUUAAUUUGAUCCUCUUCUUUGUUUUAGCUUGUUCACUAUCAAUCUUUUUGUUAGUUUUGUGGUAGAAGAUUAAAAGGUUUUGACAGGUUCGGUGGCUGGGUGAAAACUACUUAGCCCGCUGGUUUUCUGUUGUUGCCCACUUUACGGUGGGGUGCAUUUGUCUCCGGUAUAAAUUAGCCAGCGAAGACACCUGUUGUCGUAAAACAGAGACGGAAUGGGUUGUUUUUACAUGUGCUACUGUCAACUGGUAAGGAAAAUUCUAGCCUGGUUUACUGCUGCCUUAGGUUUAACAUGACAGGCCAAUUCAGCCCAUAAAAGCGUUGUAUUGAUAGACUGGGCAUACUUACGAUAAUGACACUUUUUUUCCCAGUACCCUAAAGCAUGUUGCUCUUUCUCUUCUAAGAGAGUCCAAAUCCGAAUUUCAAGGAAAAAUUACAGUACCCAAACUUUAUUUUGCUAAAUAUUCUAAAACUAAUAGUACUAUAUGAAAAAAAAAAACAGGUUCUAUGUUUUAUUUACUUGUCACACUACUCUAUAGUUCUUCCGCAAACUAAAAAGUUAGAAAUACAUUAUCUCUCCUUCGUUAACUAAGGAAGGGGAAAGUUAGGAUACUCUUGAACAGCGAUGGUUUCACCACAAUCACGUAUUUCAGGGCGCGCUAUUUUUCAUCCUUCCUCUCCUGGCCCAAUGGAUGUAACAAGCAGCCACUCUUUUUUGCCGCUGACACUGUUGGAACCUGCAUUGCCUCCUGAUUUCAUAUACAACCUUACAUCGGGUGGGUCAGGCCAACACAAUUUUGAGGUAAAUAAUGUGUACUUUUCGUUUCCGUAUGAGCCAGAAUGUUUAUAUUGUUUGGUGCCUUAUUAUAGAUAAGCGGAGAUGGUGUUGAAAGCUGCGAUAUUACCUCAAAAAGCUCUCAAAAACACAAUAUGUUUACAAUAUGUUAUACUGUCGAACAAUAAAAAAGUUUCCUAAAACGAGUGAAUUUAGAAUAAUUUAAAAUAUCGAUUUAUCAAUGAGAUUCCGUAUUCUAUUAAUUUUACACAAGGUAGAAAAAAGCGAGGACACUAAAGUGUCAAUAUGAGUAUGGAAAGUCAAACCGGAAUCAAGAUAGAUGCCCAAAUCCUUUCAGACCUUGUCAGGAGUUAAGGUUUUGCCCAGAAUCGAUACCGUCGGAUUAACAAGUUUUCCUAGCCGCUGCUUUGUACCGAAAAGGAUAAACUUUCGGGAUUAAUCAGUUACGGAUGUUGACAGAGCCAUUCCACAACCGAUGGAGAUCUUGAGAGACGCACGCUUGCCAGAAACAGCUUAGUAUCGUCUACGUAAGAUUCAAUUUCGCAAUUUGAGACGAUAUUCCGCAAAUCAUUGAUGUAAAGGGUGAACAAUAAGGGAACGAGAAUUGAUCCUUGGGGAACUCCAUAACAGACAGGUAAUGGUGAAAAUAGCAUGCAGCCCAUACGGGUUGUAGCCGAUAUCUUUCGGUCAAGGAACUCUCGAACCACUUUGUGGAAGACUCAGAGUUACCCAAGUCUUGUAUUUUACGAACCAAAAGAUUUAUGUGAGAGACUUUCAAAAGCCUUACUCAAAUCAAUUAAGAUCAUGGCUGUAGUCCUUCUCUCAUCUACUGCCUUGAAGACAUAAUCAGUGACGUGUAGGCUAAUGUACGUAUGAAACUUAUCCUGGCUGUUGAUUGCGAUAUUAGUGCGGCUCUUCGGUAAACUUGACUUUUGAAAGGUUACUAAAGAGUUUGUUAAAUGAGUAGAUCUGUUGUACUUAAUUUCAGACGUCAUUUUUCGUAGACAUCUCAGACGUCCUCCGGUAUAAAUAAGGCCAAUGCAUGUUAGCUUCUUUAUUAAUCACAAAGGUUGCAACUGAAAAGCGUUGCAAAACAUGGGACCAUAUUGGGGCUAUAAAAGGAAAAUAAUUUCGAGAGUUUUUUCCUUUCAGGUGAGCUUCGCGUUACCACUUGGUGAUCGACCAACAGACGGGACAAAAAUUCUUAAGAUGAGGGCCACUUACUUGUGGUCAGCAGUAACCGGCAGUGACUAUUUCAUUCUCUGUGUUGUAGCUGAUGAAAAGUCUCUAACGAAAGAUCUUACACCAGUAAGUUGUAGUUUCCGAACACUACAUAUUUUAUAUAUCGUACAAAGCUUACUAUCUGGCAUGUUUCUGUUACAAAUAAGUAAUAAGUAUUCUUGGUGUCUCUGACAUAGUUCGACAGGGAUAUGUGUCGUAUAUUUUCAAGUUUUCGACGUAGUAAAUGCCCCAGCUUGCCACAAGCCUCAUGCGGUCCUGUCUGUCUUGAAUGCUCAACGAUUGCCAAAUGGUGCGUCUCUUGGCCAUAAAUAAAGUAUGUUUUUCCUUUAAAAUUGUGCUCUUCUCUAAUAAACUAUAUUUAUCGAGUACAAUAGUAGAAAAAUUGCUGCACGGCGGGCGUUUCUUUUUGGUUUAUUUCUUUUGCUCUAUCUUGCGCUUCCACUCUCUAUGUUCACUUUUAAUUCACUAAAUCACUGAUGUUGUUGUCGGUUUAUUUAUAGGUUAGAAACAUUUCGCAGAGUGUACCCACGUUUUACCAUCGUUUAGAUUUAUCCUGGAAUUCUAGUGUAUCCCAUCCAAAAGAAGUCUGUAGAUGGAACACAAGUCUCAUUUCCCCAACGUCUUCUACUGUCAAGGCAAGUUGAGUCAGACAAACUAUGUUUAAAACAACGUGCCUUAUUCUGUGUCGAUUUGCUAUUUCAACUUAGCAGCGACAGUUUUCACAAGGCGUUCGGGUAAAAGUUCAACUUUGUCACUUUGAAUAAUUUUCAUUCUUUUCAAAAGUGUUAGCUGCCUGUACAGAUGUCCGUUUGUGACAUCUAGUCUCCAGUCUUGUGGUGGAAGAACUAAGUUAGAUGGAAGAUACACAGUAUAUGUGCCUAUUUUCGGACACUUUUUGCAUUUAUCACAACAACUUACCUCAGAAGGGCAGGAGCAAGCUGAUACUUUCCUAGUAUGUAGUUCCUUUUCCUACGGCGACUGGCUGGUUGAACGCUCAAGGUUCAACGUCAUUGUGUUUUGAAAAAUAUCGUAGAAGUCGAGCGGCCUAUUCUCGGACAGGUAGUCCGGCCCUCAUUCUCGGACGAUGGUUCGUAGGUGAUUAAUCCUCUUCAUUAUGUUAAUAUACGUCUCAUUGAAGAAGAACGAUGUAAUGUUAAAAGUAAAAAACACGUUUUGUGGCUUAAAAAGCAUUUUAAAGUCAGUUUUAGUGAGUCCUCCAGGAGUAUUCGUCGCAGAUUUUCCCCCUGUUCUUCCUCGAAAAUGUGAAACAGUUAACUCGUAUUAAUUCUUACUUGGAAGCAAACCUUGUUCCAUUUUGUCCGACUUUCUCCAAAAGGGGGUUAUUUCCGUUGAGUAUUUGACAAGAACAGAGUGCAGACUGAAACGAUGUAAUUCAAUGUGCAGCGAAAUGCGAACUUAGACAGAAACACAUUUUACCUUCUUUCACAAGAUCUCCAAAUUUUCCCACCAACGGACCGAUCCCAAAAAGAGUUAGCGAAAGUAGACUAAUCAAUUACUCAUCGGAGCCCAUCUUUCUGGAUACGAAGGAUUACGAAACAUUAUUGCUUACAGUCCGAGAAUAGGUGCGUGCGAGAUAUCGGAACAUAUACGGUAUUUGUUGUGCGUUGUGGAUCUCGGAUAGGAAAAGCAACAAUUAUGAGCUACGAAUAAUCAGAAUAAUUGGUUUUUAUGCAAUGUAAAGUUUAUCUAUUCUACUUGUCAUGCAGUGAUCACGAGGCGGGUUUUUUCACGUCUCCCAGAACUUAGGCACGUGAAGUGUAUAUCAUAUUUCGCUGCUUUAAAAGGUGGACAGCACUAGUGUCAUUUCUCCUUUUAACUCCUCUCCGUCGAGUCAACUUCAGUGAUUUUGAAUCCCUCCUCCUCCCCAACCGCCUUUUGUUGUCUCAUGUUCAAGUGUUUGCCGUCGAGAUAACGACGGUCUUUAAUUGUUAUUAUUAUACAUCAGACAUCAGACUCACUAUAUGAAAAAUCUGAUUGGUCGAGAGCAUUCAAUCAAUUCAAAACAGCUUGUGAACUUGACAUGAUAAAUGCAAUAUCUGCUGCAGAUGUUGCAUUUAUCAUGUCAAGUUCAACGUCUGCCUGGUUACCAAGCCCCUUGGAGUGUUCUCCUCAGAUGCAGAAUAGCUCAAUGUCUUCUUUUGCCUAUUGUUUAAAAAAUGUAUAAUAAAACAAUUAUUGAAUUCGGUUUUCGCAUGAUAUCGUGAAUUAUCAAAACCUCGUGUCUGUAUUAUCUGCCUCAGCCUUCGGCUUCGGCAGAUAACACAGGCCUCGGUUUUGAUAAUUCAUAAUAUCAUGCUCAACCUCAUCCAAUAAUUGUUUAUUGUUAACGAAUUUUAAAAAAGCCACACUCGUGGCAAAUUUUUCCCAUUUGUUCGACUGUGUGUUUCAUUGGACAAACGGAGCUAGCUGACAGCUCGCGAUGCGCGCACAAUGUUACUUUAAGCAAAUAAUAGUAGUUAUAACUGGUCAGGGCAUAAAUUAUCUUACUUGGUGUUGUUUCCCCUUAGAGAGGGUUGCUUUUAGUCUCUCGGCUUUGAUAGGAUAAGAACAUCUUCAGCAGGUUAUUUAUUGUAUUACCACUCGGUGAGGGUUGAAGGAAGAUUGAGAAAGGAAUGUAAACUCCCAGUGCAACGAACUAUUUUCUAUAUGAGCUUUGGAUUGCUUUGUUCUGUGCUCCAUUAUUCUACAAACUUGUUGUUGCGCUUUUUUUGGAUAAUCAUUGUUAACAUGUUAUAUGUGCAUAAGGCAUUAGUUUGAUUGCAUGAUUAUUUUCAACGUGUCUUACGUUAUAUAUGUUUUUUGUUUCGCCUGUAAGGCUGAUUAUCCACUUUUACUGAUGUUUAUCUAAACGAAGUAGUCACUAAUCAAAUAAUCGAAUUUAUUUUCAGAUAACACCAGAUGCAUUUAACGACUGUGAUAAAUACAUCUUCCCAACGGAAACUGUUAAGGAUAUCCAAAGUAUACAACACUUUUUUGACGACAAAAGUUUUCAAGCUAAGUACCAAGGUUAACAUUUCAGUCUUACUGAGUUUUUUUUGUAGGGUUACAGGUAGCUGGGGUCUCUCUUGAGGUGUAGGGCAGGGCAGUUGCGGAAAUGAAGUGCACCAUAUAGUAACUAGUAAUACCGCCCUCUGUAGACAAGUUUGCAACCUUAGCAUCGGCCCCUACUGAAGGACGUGGCACAUCACAAUCAUGGACCACUCCGUACUACUAACGCCCAAAGUAAUUGCUAGGUCUUUCAAUUUCUACAGGCAAAAAACAUAAUAAUGUAAUUCCUUAAUAUCUAUGGAAUUGAACAUUUUGAUAUUUUCGUAAUAGGUCUUAGUGAAGCUAUUCGUAUAGAAGUGAUGCUCACAUCAGUGCUAGAGACCAUUUGGCAGAAGGCAGAAUUUAUUUAUCCGGAUUUAGUUGCAUGGAGGUGAGUCUGUUAUGUUUUCAAAUGUUUAAGAGAUGUUGGAUUUUGUGCAUUGCUUCGCUUUCCCUUCACGUUUCGUAUUAGUAUUGAUGGAGAUAAGUAAUCGAAGACAGUCAUCAUUUCACAUGUCAUAAGUUAUAAAUGUAGCCAACACUAAAAUCGGUGUUCUUGCAUAAGAUGACUGUUUACUUAAAACUGUGGGUGGAUUCAUUUGCAGAAUACGCGUAAAGCCGUUGCAUACGUGCUAUGUCUGAUGGUAUUUGUUGUUGCUUUUAAGCCUGAAAACAUUUAAAGAGAAAUUACAAAGGGCCAUUGAUGUUUGAUCUAGAUUAAACAUUUCCAUCCAACAUUUUGCAUCAGCAUCACAAACAAAUGUUCGAUCGUUUACCCGGGGCCUUAAACCUUUGGGCAUGCAUUUCCCGAAAAAUAAAACGCUUGUUGCUACACGAUUUCCCGCCAAAAACAUGACCUGCAAUGGAUUUGACAUUUACAUUGGCUUACAUGCAUGUUCGCACAGACGUAAGUACGCCCUAAAGUUAAAUUUAACCAAACCUUCUCUCAUUAAUACCGGAAUUACCAUAUUUUACUUGCUAUGUAUUUUUGUUUAAAGCUAAAAUUCUUCGGUUUAACAAAUGCCCCAAAUUAAACUACCCAUCUGGAUGCAUUUCUCAGUUCAUGUGGUUAUAAAUACCCUCAAUGAUUUCACCCAGCACCUGGUUACUCAUAGGACGUUUUGUCUCUUGAACUAGAUUCAUCGGAACGAAAAACGGUGUUUUGAGAAUAUAUCCUGGACGUCGCUUUGAGAAGACUUAUUCCCACAAACACCAACCAUGGUGAGGGCAGACUCGAGCACAGCAAUACAUAUCAGUGAUAAUAACACUAUACAACUUGCCUUUUAACUCUACAUUUCACUAGUUAUCGUAGCGUUGAGAAAAGAUCCAUUGCCGAUACAUAUUUGUUUUCUGUAAUCACCCGCCAAAUCAGAGCAAGUGUACCGCAAGUUAGUCAGCUGCUUUCAUAGGAAAGCAUUAUUCCCUAUAUUAAUGAGGAGCAUGCUUUUAAAAGUAUUUUACUGUAGAUAAAGUUUUGUAAGUGACAGGAGGAAAGAAACAAACGGUCAGUCACAGAAAUAUAUCUAUUCUCUCUCGAUUAAAAAUCUGUUUUAAUUUUUUUUUUCCUUUGGCUCAGUUUUAUUUCACUACAGCCAAAACGUUGUAGGCGUAUUCGAUAACAGAAUAGACAAAAAAGCUCACCAUGCAUUAUAAUUUGAUUGUGCAGGUUCAGGCAAGCAGUAUCGUCACCUAAUAAGCUGGUAGUGUCUCUAAGGUCAUCACCGUAUCAACCUGUUCCUGAAUCAAUGAUAAGCUUAAGCAAGGCUGUCCGCACCUCCAGGUACAUGUAACAUGUUGAUUUCAGUUGAUAAGGUUAAAAAUGAUAGCUUAGCCUGCGUUGCAGGCGGUUCCGUUUGGUUUCGGAGUAAAGAAAGACCGAGAAACGGCCGCGCGAGAAAUGAAAUUAUAGCGAAAAAAUGACAGAGGGGGGAGCGGGAGGGGAAGUAAGGAAACGCUUGCUGACAACCCCUCGAUUUUGAAGACCUACGUUCGCCAGCGAACGCAGCGCCUGAUUGGCGCGGCUAGUCGAACAACAUUGACAUGUGUCGAUUAAAGGUUUGUUUCAUACUGAGAGGUCAUGUAUGGUACGUGAGACCAAAUUAAUUUUUUGUGGUGAAUAUUUGCCCUCCAAUGCAAAGUGCCCAGCUCGUUGGUACUUUUUUCUUUGGCGGGAUGUUUAAAAAUUCUCUAGGAUAGUGAUUUACAGAUCCAAAUUUCAAAGAGUGGAUUGCACCUUAAACUGAAGCUACAUCAGCUAUGGAGAACUGCAUUGUGACCCAGUCAAGAUUGCUGAUUAAGCAAUGAUUACUUGGUAAUAACUUUUGAAUUGCGUCUCUUCCGUUAUUGCUACUCUCUGAUCAGGCAAGACUAUGGUUUCGGUUCUCCACGCGAACUUCAUCAGUUGACGGGUUAGCUUUGUUCUUAGAUGUUUUUACAAGAGCAACUCUAGUUGUCUGUGCCGUGGCGAGAACGGUAAGCUGUUCUGUCUAGCUGAUCUUUGUCCUUGUAGAAAUACGCCGUCACAUUUUACCACUUCAAAUCCAACUUUCUGGAGGUUUUGAGCUAAAACUUCAAAAAAUCACCCUUGCGGUCCUUCCUUUCAGACGGAUUAACAAGACAAUUGUAUAAAGCCUGCAUUUGUGCGGAUUCAUUGAGAUUUCACCAUUAACGCCGUCCACGCGUUCACAUAUGCGUCCUCUAAAGUUCAUUUCCGCUCCUCGGAAGGCCACACAUUUUAUUGGUCAAUGAUGACAGCUGAUAACAGCAUCAAAAGUCGGUGCGUUAACUCAGGCAUGACAGGCCAAGUGGACGGUUUUCAAAGUCCCGGGGUUUGUCUGCAAGCGUUUCCUUCCUUUAUUCCCAACCCCUUCCCCGCUCUUUAUCUUGCGUCAUUUAUCGCGCGUUCCUCGUUCCUCGUUCCUCGUUCUUUUCUCCUAAACCGCACGGAAACGCUUGCUACGCAAGCUAAUGAUAGCUCAAUCAUAUAUUACCAUAACUAAUUUCUGCUGAGUUUGAAAUUAAGUCUGGAAAACUACAAAAGCUUUUUAUUUACACAAUUAAGUCUUUUGUUUUGGUGGAAAUUCAAAUGGAACAAUCUUCUUCAUCAUGUUGUCAUUUAUCUUUGAGAGCAGACGCUUGUCAUUGAUACUAGGGUAAAUCCAAUUCGCAACGACGUGACAAGGCGGCUAUGUCGGUUGACAAAACAAUGCAUUUUAUUUCACAGAAUUUGUAUGAAAAUCAGUUUAGUUUUAGCCCUGCGGAGGGUUGUCAACCAGCAUGGCCACCGUGACGUCAGUUGCGAAUCAGCAAUACAUGUUAUAUUCUCUAAACUCUAUAUUCAACUCACAGCUGCACCGGAAAGCCACUAGACAAUAAUCUAAGAAGAGAUGUGCUGGCGGUUAUUGGGAUGGAGAUGACCCAAAGCAGUUUCUUACAAUUCAUUAUUGACAACGUAAGUGCAUGAAUUUAGUUAGUUCACUCGUAUUGCACCGUGCAUUACCUACUACGAAUGACGUUGUGACUUCAAAGGUGGCGGCGAUAUUCAUCGGGUGACUAAAGAGAGGUAACAAAGGCUCCUUUUGUAGUCUAAUAUAGUGAUUAUAAUAGCUCUUCCCGGCUAAAACAGUGUUAGUCUUGAAACUUGCCCCAGUCCCUUCGCGCUAAACGAUCAUUUUAAGCCGAAAUUGUCACUUUGUUGUCUUUUUACGGUGAAACGAGAAUGGUGACCCCGUUUUUGGUGUUUUUAACUCGCUAUGGUUACAAGAAAAUUAUAUGUUAAAGAGAAAAAGAACUCUGGACAGAAGAUCUAUCAUUUUGAUAUGAAUGAUAAGAAACUCCGCAUUUAGAGAGAAGUAUGAGAUAAUGUUAAAACUGUCCAUUUUUUUUUUACACGUUUUACAGGAUCCGGGUAAUUUAAAGUCACUUUACAUAAAAAUUACAGCCCAGACAAACAAAUUUGGCUUUAGUUUUUAGUAAGAUUCAAAGUUUCUGCUACAUGAUAAGAUUUUUUGGUGGCUGUAAAAGUUUCGAACAUUUCGCGCGUAACCGGGAAAAAACACCAAAAUGAAUCUGUAGUUACCUCACAGAUCGCAAAGAGUAUGUUGAAUGUAACGGCCUGGCCUCUGAGUAUCAUAAGGUUAAAUGUUAAAAGUGGUGUUCCACAGGGUUCUAUCAUGGGCCCUUUACGUUUUAAUAUUAAUGAUAAACUUAAAAGUUUAUACUAUUUGCUGAUGACAUUAACGACUUUUUCUCAACUGCUGAAAAUUUCUAAUCAGUUAAAAUACCGGUGUCAAAAUACCGUUUAGGUUUUGGUCUCUCGACGGUGCGCAUUUGGAAUGCCGCCAGAAAUAUUUUAACACAAACAACAGCAAAGGAUAUGCUUCAAUACAGUUCUUGUUUCAUGUUGAAAUUCUAUGUACCAACUGGGUUUUUACGAUGGUGAAGUUAGGUCAAAUUUGCAAUUUUUGAAAAGUGCUGAAACCGUGUUUCUUCUUGCGGCUGGUACAGUCACAUUUUAACGGUUUAUUUAAAGUUAAUAGCUGAAUUAUAAAGUAAAAAUGUGUGUCUGUUUUGUGACUUGAUUUCAUCUAGAGAUAUUAUUCCGUUUUUAUGUAUGAGGGCGAAGAAAAUGCUCAAUUUUCGCUAAUUUCAUACUCGAAAGAGCGCCGAUUUACACCGCCGUAGCCAGUAUGAGGCGAACCGAGGCACUCGCCUCGGUAAAAUUUUACCAAAUACUGUCGAUUUUUAUUUUUUUUAUCAGACUGAUAAUAUUAGAAGAUUUCAUACGGCUGAUUUCGUACAACGGACCGUGUGUUCGCCUCGGUUGUAGUUUCUUCCUGGCUACGGCCCUGAUUUAGAGUUUAUCAAACUUUGCCUGAUUCCUGAAAAAAUAAAAAGCUGUUACAAGUUGUAACGUGAUUUUUGAAAUUAGUGUACUAUAGAGUUUAUUUGGGCGAAAUAUGAAGAAAUUCAAAAAUUCACGACUGUCAACCGAUUCUCGAAAAUUACAGACAUUGGCUCUUAAGUUUAUACUAUUUGCUGAUGACAUUAAAGACUUUUUCUCAAAUGCUGAAAAUUUCUUAUCAGUUAAUGGCCAAUAAUCUCACAAUGAACGAAAAGAAAACUACCCUCCGUGCCUUGUAAUAUAAGAAUAAACAACGAAACUGUUGAACUUAAAACAUUUUCUGAAUUAAAUUUCUUGGUGUUUAUGUAGAUGAGAAUUUAACUUGAAAAGAACAUGUUACCUUAAUGCUUAAUGCCAGUAAGGUCUCUAAAUCUAUAGAUAUAAUAACGAAAGCCAGAUUCUACCUUUCUAUUCCAUCGUUGCGUAACCUUAUAAUUUGCCCUUGUCUAUCCUCAUCUGAAGUGUGGAAUCAUUGUUUGGAGAUCUGCGUAUAAAACUACCUUGAAUAGACUUUUUGGGUUGCAGAAAUGUAUCAUAAGAGUAAUCACUAAAUCCUGUGUUACAGUCUGUGUUGAUGCACCAGUGCUCGAUUAUUCUAUGACCAUAAUCUUCUUAACAUAACUAAUAUCUACAUGCAACAGAUUGGCUUGUUCAUGUUUUCUUUCAAGAACUAGAAUCGCCGAAAGGCGACUUUACCUGGUCUACCAAUUCAAGGGGCGAUUAGGGGGCGGCUGUACACACUCAGGCUACCAUAAAACCUUCUCGUCGACCAUUGCGUGACCUAGAAUCUCAUGUGAGAGUGAAACAUAAACUUAUUUAAACAUUGUACAUUUGGAAGACUUUCGUAAUUAUGUAAUUCUCAAUUAGGUUGAGUGAGAGAUCGAGACACGAUAGAACCUAGGAAAUCUGUAACCCUAAAGUUAUCAAAGUAAAUCUGUAGACAACCAUAUCGAGAGUGAUUAUUUGUCGGAAACCCGUUCAUGACAACCUAGACUAUACAGAAUUAUAGUACUGCAAGAAAACGAUACGUUAGCCAGAGCAGACAGCGAGCAGCUUUUAAGAGAAAACAACCCACUAUAAAACACAUCAAGAUGCACGGGCCUUAUUCAACCGAGACUGAUAAAGAUGAUCAAUAAUGAUAAUCUGUAAUUUAUGGUCCACAUUGUGCCCCAAGAUAAAAAUAUAAAUACGUUUCAAUAUUCUUUCUUUUAAAUUGUUAUCUUCCUUCAGCCUAUUAAAAAAGGAAUUAGUUCGUUUGCAAUUUCCGACCUGGGAAAUUUAAAAGAUUACUUACCGUUUUUUUUUCCAUGGCUGCACUAGCCUCCCACUGAGGCGUUUUAAGGGACGAAAUACGAGCUCCCCAAAAACCACCUGCGUGGGAGGCUAAUUGGCUGCACGUACUUAAAAAAAAUAAUGUAAAUAGAUCAAACGGUCGAUAAUUGACUUUUUUAAACGCAAAUUGAGUCAGCGUCAAAGUGCUGAUGACACGAACUUCAAAUUGUCUUUAAUUCAGGCUAUUCAUCUCGAAGCUCAAUAAUUGACCUUUAUAUAGUUAAACGGUACAUAUACUUUAUACACUUUACUUAUACAGCGAACGGAUUCAGAACACUUUCAGUAAGAUACGGGUUAUGUACAUAAAAAGGUAUGCAUGUUAAAGCGAGCGGUGAAUUUUCAAAGUUUAUCGAAACUCACUAGUGCCAACAUCAAACAUGCUUGAUGAAUUGGCGGAAAGACAGAAAUUAGGAGAAGCAUAGACACAAACAAAAGCAAAACCUCUUUGCUGCAUUGAGAACAACUGUAAACUCCAGGAUGUUAAGUCACCAGACCUUGUACUAGUAAGUAAUUUGUCUUUGUAAUCUAUUUCUAUCAAGUUGGUAUUUGAAGCUCCCGGUGAAACUUAGCCUGUGAACAGGCCUUUGGUCGAGCGGGGAACUGGGGAGAGGGAAAAGCGAAGCAGAGAGCCCGUUCACAGGCUAGGUGAAACUUUGCUUUCUCGAGGCUUCGCCGCUUAUUUGCCCUCUCGCCAAUGUCAAUGGCGUGCGAAUUUCUCAAAGUUCCUGUUUUCGUUGGACCAGUCUUCUUCUUGAUCCGAAAUUUAGACCUCAAAAAUGGCAUGUGUUGCAUUAAACAGGAAGAAAUUAAUCGGCUUUACGCAACCCGCUCUAGGAUACUGAGGUAAUAACUGAUAGUGUUCCGAUUUUAUAAACUUGAUCUGCCUUGACGCAGACCAGUAAUAAGCUUCCAUGAUACGUUCAUAUCUAGUUCUCAAACUGCAUUCUUACAAUACAAGAAAUGCCAUGAAUUACAGUUCUCAGUUUUCUAGGAUCAAUGUUAGGAAAUUUACCAUUGCUUACUAAGGCCUAGCCUGCGAAGACAUCCGUUUCUCCACGCUCUUCGCCGCUGGGGACGUUCCGCGCAGAGGAACGUCUACUACUCAGCGUCAGAAAAUCCACACUGGUGACGUAAAAUCUGUCCGGAAUCCGGUCAGAAGCGCUGAUUGGUCGACGGAGUAGUUACAUUGUUUCAGCUAUUGUUUACGAAUGACUGACAAGAGACAAAAGGCCACAAAGGUCAAAUGCAAAAAGCAGUCAAUGUUUUUGGAACAUAGUCUUCUCUAGCAGAAGCAUUUGAGUUUCGCUGGAGCUCGUUGGCAGAUGAACACAACACUUUACCGAAAUCGACGAGAAGACACGUAGCAUUGGGCAAAAUUAUUCCCCAUGACUACCGGAUUUAUUAUGUAAACACUGAUUUGCGUCAUCAGUAUGGAAAUUCUGUCGCUGAGUCGCAGACGUUCCUCCUCGCGAAACGUCCCCAGCGGGGAAGUGUGAGGAGAAACGGAUGUUUUCGCAGGCUAACCAAGGCCCAAAGUAUUGGAAUACUCUUCCUACUGAACUAAAAAAUGAAUCUUCAAAAAGUGUCUCAGAAAAGAAGUUACAUAGUAGAUUUUUAGUUCAACAAGCAGAUCUGUCCUAAGUUAAUUUCAAUUUGUUGAUCAAUAAUUGUUUGUGUUUAUUGUUUUUCCUUCUUUAUAAUAAUAUUUAGUUAUUUAAUUAGAAUUAAUUAUUGGUCUAGAAUUAUUAGAUUCGAUAAUUACAUACCCUAAAUUAAUUUCAUAUUGUUGAUUGAUAAUUAUACCUCUUAAUUCGCUGUUGUAACCGUUUGUAAAUGGGCCUGAAUCUAAUUAAUAAGCCCCAUGGUUUUCCGCUUAGGCUGCCCUGGCACCAGAAAUUGGUAAUUUUUUUCUUGGUGGUAAUCUGACAAUAAAUAAAAUAAAAGAAUAAAAAGAAUUAUGAGCACGUAGGGCGAAAACAAGCGCAGUGACCCCAUAUUAUUAUUGUAGCUUUUUCAUGUCCUAUAUAUGACUGUUAAUUGUGCCAAGUUUGAAAAAAUCUGGAUAGUACAUCCUUUGUGAGUGAAUUCCCUUAACUGAUCAUAUUGAGAAGCGAAACAUGCAAAAAAAUCAGUACUAUUUAAAGUGUGCAUUGAUCUUCGUAGGAUAUCUUAAAAACUGAAGUUUGCCUCUCAGGUUGCUUUGCAAAGUGAUAUGAACACCACCUGGUAUAUUCUUGACGACAGCGGGUGAGUAUGGUAAAAUCAUUAUGCUCAUCAUUUGAUUUUUAUUAUUUCUUUCUCAAUCGUCGAAUGAUAUUUUUAUCUACUUUUGCUAUGUUUUUGAGGCCGUGUGAAUCUUCGCCAUUUUCUCGAGCAUAGCUGAGCUACGGUGCCGUGGGUCUCUUUUGCUCGCGAUAUCAAUACGAUUGACGUCAAUGGUAUUGAUAUCGGCAAAUACACCUAAUUGCAAUAACGUUGUCUUAGAAAAAUGAAAAAAGGAAAAAGCCAAAUAGGAAUUAAUUUGGCAUUUGCAGCAUCCGCGCAUGGACGUCGUAUUUGCCUGUUGGAAUUUGCUAUUGUUUUAAAGGUGAAGGACAAUAAAAUUGAAAAUUCCAGCAGGGAAAUGAAACGGCUGCAAAUGAAUCCACCAUGAGAGUGUGGCUAAAUUAGCCGAAUUAACUCCUAUUUGGCUUUUUCCUUUUUUCAUUUUUCUAUGACAACGUGUUUACAAUUGGGUGUUUCUUCCAAGGCUAGCUGGUUGUCAAGUCUUAGCCUUGAGUUUGAAGCCAAUCGGGAACGAAGAAAUAUAUCAGCUUUACAGCCCCGACGAAGUAUGAUCUUAAAACUACUCCCUCAAAACAUAGCAAGAACAGCAAGAUUAGAACUCGACGGAUGACAUCUGCUGUUUUAGCUCGUUUUUGAAAAACGAAUUAUUUCGAAUGAAUAAUAAAGCGAUGAAUCAAUUAUUGGAUUCGGCUUUCGCAUGAUUUGAAGAAUUAUGCAGAACUCGGAGGGUGUUGUCCGCCUUGGCCGAUAACACCACCCCCCCCCGCUCCAUCUCGAUAUUUCUUCAGAUCUUACGAAAGCCGAAUCCAAGAAUUGCUAACUGAUAUCUAACAACAGGCCCUCAGACGGGCAACAAGUAAACCAGGAUUUAAGAUUUCAUUUUGUUUUUGCACCAACGUAUUUAACCGUGUCUAAAUAAAAUAUGUCUAUGUAUAUCACGAAUGAGCUAUUAUCAUUGUUAUUCUCUUUUGACUUUGUAGGUACCUAUUACUAAACUUUCCGAAUCCCACUAUAUUGCAAGCCCACAAAAAGCAUUUAACGGAACGCAUCCCUUGGUUGGCAAGAGAUUUAAUUCGAAGAAAUAUUCUUAAGGUAAGAUUUUGUUCAAGUUUUUUAAAAAAUACAUAGUUGCUUGGAAAUACAGAUUCUCUGUAAACUACUUAAAGGAGACAGUCUAAGGUUCCAUUCUGUCGUAAUAUAUAACACGGGGCGGCAUUCUAGCUCUAUUAACAUUAUCCAAAACUUUACAAUGGUUAAACAGACUCAACUACUAAAUACUACUGUUUGGAUUGGAGCUUAUUAACCUCUGUAUAAAAUAGCAUCAUAUUUAAAAUGAAGACUUUGGGAAAAAAAACUCCUGAGCCCGUCCUUCUUCUUCUCUUGAUGACUUAACAAGUGUACUUUCGCACUUUUUGAAUUGGUCGAACAGUUUGCUGUUCAAUGGCUGUUGUAUCUUACAGUUAGAAGUAAAUAACGAGGUGACGUUAUUUUCUCCUGUUUUUAUCUUUUUUAUCAUUUCUCGAAGCAACCGCGUUACUUGUUAUUCCAUAAACAUUUUUAAGUAAUAGCUUUAUAUCUACGGGUGCCGGGAAAAGGUGUGUUGUCUAUCUAUAGAACCCAAAGCUUUGUCUUCGCAUGAGCAGACACAUGAUCACACCUAUUCCAACCUACCUAUCCCUUCUCAUCUUUACAAUGAUAUCUGGUGAAAAUUUGUUAAAGUUAAUAACAUAUCAUAUUUGCAGGUUUCCUGGUGCAAUAACUAUCAGCGUUACACAACUGAAAUGUGUUACGAACUUUUAAGUAAUGAAUCUUCAAAUAGCACCGUCCCUUGUCUUCAGUUCUCUUUAGAACCUAUACCUGGAACAUCUCUUUUUCUAUUGGCGGUACCCUCCAAGGGUAAGCAUCAUUGUGCAGCCCAACAGGUCAGUAUGCAUAAUUCCAGGUAAUCAGUUUGUUCUUCCAGGUGAUUGAGUCCACUUAGGACCUGACUUCAUUCUUCCAAAGGGAUUAGGUUUAGGAGAAAUCCUUGGUAAUCUUGAUGAAAGAUAAAUCCUGUAUAACUGUUAAAAAUCUUUAAAAUGAAGUUUAAAAAGGGUUUCAUGGACAAACAAGGACUGUGCAAAAAAACAUGUUAUUGGUGGUUAGUAAUGCGUGGCACUUGUAAAAAUGGUAGGGUUGAUAUUGUAGAAUAAACAUAAAGAAAGUAAAUAGAGGAUAUUACACGGUGGCGAGAAGAUAUGAAUUUUAUGUUCGAGUGUAGUGUUCUUGCCACGAGAACAGAAAAUUCAUAUCUUCGAGCCAAAGUUUAAUGUUCUUUUUAUUAUAUGGAGAAACCAAUUCAACAAAAGCAAAAGGCGGGAAUCGUGACGUCAUUGAACGAUACGACACUCACAAAGGUGACAUACGGAAAAUACGCCACUCGGGUCCCGGAUGAAGUGGCGUAUGGAAUCUACGAGUGGUUUAGUUCCCAGUAAAACACUCUCCUCCAUAUAAUAAGAGACGUUACGUUUCGUACAAAAGCCGUAGAGGGAUAUGCGGUGUAUGACAUUUGCAGACCGCAGACCGCAGACUGCAGACUGCAUGAGGCAGCAAGACUGUAAAUUGAAUGAAACCAAAAAUAUCGUAAUAAAGGUGGCGUCAUCAUCAACAUUACCUUGUUCCGAGAAGUAAGUUUUAUUUUUCACGCAAAUUACACCGACCUCAUUCCUAAAGGAGCUGUUGGCUGUUCUUUUCGUAUUGAAUUAGAGCAGAAUAAUGUCUGUUGAUGUCACAAACUUGCUCAUCAAUCCAUAGCAACAGUCUAGCAAUUUAGCCUGCACCACAGACGAAACUAAACUAUGGUUAUAUAAGUCUGUCUGUGAAACAGCGCCGGGAUCCUUAUUCUACGGGGGCCCCACCUGUGUACUAGGACUUGCCUAUGAGCAAUGAUUUGCCUAUUUAGAAAUUCAAAAUGCCCUUCUGGUAAUUCGUCAAGUCCUGGUAGGAUCUGUUCAUUUUAGAUUACUUGGCAUAUCCCUAUUACAUACUGCUAAGAUGAAAUACGUCAUUUAAAAGGUGUUAAUUGUGCAUUGCUACUUGUGAUUAUCAAUUCACAAUAAUCAAAGAAGAAUAAAGAAUCAACGCAAUUAGUGAUAUGCCGGAUGAGUUGAUAAAGGGUUGGUGAAGAAUAGCCAACAGCAUCUUGGGAAUGAGGCCAUUGUAACUUUGCGCAAAAUAGCAACCUUGUUCCCAGGCUACUUUCUCACUCCCACAGGAUGUUAUUUUGUUGAUGACUGCGGUCUGCAGUCUGCAAAUGUCGUACACCGACGAAUAUGAGACUGCAGAGUUCAGACAUCGGACAUGAGACAUCGGACAACGGACAAUGGGCAAUGGGUAUGAAGUCAAAUCGGAGACAAAAUGUUCGACUCGUCUUUUCGUGUUGUCGUUUUCGUUGUUUGUUCCUGAGCUUCUUCGUUAUUUUACAAUGCGACCGAGUUGGAAAGUUUGUUGCUGAGAACUCGUCAAAUAACUGUUGCCGUUAGUGUCGAUGACAGAUCAUUACAAGAAAGAUUGUUCGAGUUUACAGGAUGUUGAGGGCGUCCAGUAAUAGAUAUUCCACAGGAAAUGCUGGAGCUCUAUCUUGAGCAUCAUUUCACUCCAGUGAAAAUUGCUCAUCUGUUUUCUGUGUCGACGAAAGCGAUUAGAAAACGCCUUGAGAAAGCAUAGCAUGCUUACAUCUCAUGGUGCAAUUCUGCAUCUGUCAGACAGCUAUGCUUUUCCAGGGGCGUAGCCAGGAUUUUUCAAAGGCAGGGUCACAGAGGCUACUCACAAGAUUGUCAUGUCGACCUCCACGCCACGCCACGCCCAUAUUAACUAAAGCCAAGGGCCGUUGACGAAAAUACUUUACAAAGAAACAAAUUUUAAAAAAGGGGGCUUUUCGACACGAUGGGAACAUAAAACAACGAAGAAGCUCGUGAAAGAGUAUAUAUCACUUUGUCAAAAUGUGUAAUGAGAUAGCUUACUUCACUCUCACUCUCAUCGAACUGUUCAUUUACGCGGUUAAAAAUGAGCUCUACACUCUGGUGGAGGUCGCCAUAUUGUCCAGACAGUCAACUAAUUCAUGUUAUUCCUGGGCGAAUUAUACCUUUUCUCGUUCCCAGGCUAGCACGGUGAAAUAGGCGAAACGAAACGACGAAACGACGAGACGAAUGACAAAUCGAAACAAGGAAACGACGACACCGGGGCGACGAGACGACGGAACGAAGCAACGAAGUGACACAAAGAAACGACAACGCGGAACGACGAGUCGAACAUUUUGUUCACGAUUUGACUUCAUAAAUGGGCAUCAGAUGUCAGACACGAGACGUCAGACAUCGGACAUCGGAUAUCGGACAUCGGACGACAGAGGUCGGACGUCAAUGGACGUGGAUAAACGGACAACCGACGACGAACAUCAGACAAAUGACUUUAUACAUCGCACUUAAGUCUUUGGACUUCCAGAACUUAACGCCAUGUUGUAGAACAAGGAAAGAACUAUUUCAGAGUCAGUGAAACUUUGAUUAAAGUCGCGCUGUGUAAAACCGAGGUGUUUAGCAACGUCAUGGUUUGAACUACACCUUUCUUUACCUGGGGUAAGUUACAUGCAUGCAGUACGACUUUACUGCCGGCUUUUUUAACAUUGAUGCAUCCUCCUCGGUCUUUGUAGUCCUCCUCCAUAUCAUUCAUGGGUAACAUCUAUCUGAACCCGUAGGACUGAUAAAAAGCCGGUUGGAAAAGUCUUACUCUUACCGGGGUUUUGUGAAAGCGUUCUUCGGCUAUAUAAACGACCUUGUUUUGAGGGCGGGUAGCGGAAUUGGAAACAGUUGCUGAUCAAACUUCGUCACGUUCAAGCCAUAUUUUACAUAGAUAUGGAAGAAAUGGGUAGAUACAGACAGUUGGGUGAAGGGACCAAGUGACAGUGCAUAGACUCAACAUAACAAUAAAAAUAUUUUAUUCAAGGAAUAAGAUAACAAAACCAACUACCUCUCGAAAGGGGAGAUCUUGAGGUUAAUCCUAUAUAAACGACUCUCCAAAGUAAAAGAGAAAAAAUCCAAAUCUGAAAACUAGAUUCUAAGAAUAGACUGCGUAAAUCCUGGUUCAUACUGUCGACAUCAGGGAGUGUAAGCAAAUACAAGGGCGACGGCAACGUCAAAAGAAGCCAUAGAUUUAAUUACCAAAACAUACGUGCAUCACACUUUUCUGUAUAUUUCUUAGCCGUCACUGCACGACUACAACGUAAAAUUUCCAAUUUGACGCUUGAUAGAGCCGUUAACACUCGACGGCAAAUUUUUCCUCCUUUUGUGAGACUUUGAUAUGCUUCCUAAAAAUUCAACUCCAGAAAAACUCGCCUAUAUUUCACUAAUUGAGUCAGUUAGAAUAGCAACCACGAAUUAAAAAAAAAGGAAUGCAUUUUAUAAGUGACGUUUUUGCUGCCGUCAGUAUCCUUAUGGCUUAAUAAACAUAAUGAUCAAAGUAAUUUUGAGUAAAAAAGAAAAAAAAAAGAAAGAAGGCGGAGGCGAAUCUGCUUUAUGCGUUUGGAUUUAUUUUGUUAGUCUUUUAUCGGCGGAGACGACAACGUCAACAAACGCUUCAAAAUAGGAAACCGUUCGCGAAAAAAUAAUUAUUCUUUAUUUUACUGCCUUUAAAGGGACUGUGACAUGCUUCUGCGCAUGAGCAGCAUUUUGAUUUCGGGUCUGGCGAACCAUUUUUCAAAGUUGGCUUUCGGUGAAGAUGUCCUCUUCCAUUGACCCUGAGAAGCCUGAGAAAGCUAUAACAUCAGUAUUAAAGAGUAGCCUGAAUUUCAGACGAUUACUUCGGGUCGUUUUCUCCUCUCAGCAAUGUCGUUACUGAGGGAGUAAAAACGACUCGAAGUAAUCGUCUCAAAUUUAGGCUAUAUUGAAGAGCUAUCUGGUCCAUUUUGGAAGUUUUAACCUCCAUAUUUUGUAUUUCCAUGCAAGCGUUGUCGAGGAAUUCGAGUUUAUCGCGGAGAAAUGUCCGAAGCCAUAUUUGUUGUUGUCAGUGUUACUACUAGCGGAUCAAAUGAGGCGUUUAAUUUCGUUGUCUGGCCUUCAUUUCUGUCUAAAACAUUCUCCAGUAAACGAUCUACCUUUACCGGAUAGAUUUUAAACGAUAAAUGUAUAAUGAAAGUUGAAAACUGGUUUCCUUGAUACGGCCGUGUACUUACUAUAAAUGGGAUGCAGCGACAAGUGAAACUGAUUUUAUUUAGCGACCUGACAAUCGAUCUUCUGCAACAGUUUAGUCUCUCGUGUCACUGUAUGGAAUCAGAAGGAGAAAACUCAGCAAUCUUUUGUUUUACAGAAAGUCAUGUGAGGCUUAAGGAAAGAAUCCAUCGAACAUGAAAAGUGUUAACAGGCAUUUGAUUUAUGACUCCAAUCUUGUUGUACCCGAACAAAAGUACACAACACCCCGCGCGAUCUUCAUCGAUGUGGUACGCUUGAAAUGUUCCUUGUAUCUUUGCGGUAUGAGCGUAUAUGUUUAAGAAUUGAUCUUUAAAGAUAAAUCGUUACCUGAAUAUUCUGUUUAUAGUCUGUUUUCUUUAUGUGCUCUUCUCGAUAACGGUAACUUGUUUUGUGAAACACCCGACGUAACGUGAAGGAAUUUGUUCAUUUGCUGAUAUGCAGUUGAAGUUAUGCUCAAUUUUGCGGUUUUCUUUACUUUCAUACGUUAUGCAGCUACUGUUUUAAUGAAAUCAUUUUAUGAUGAAGCGCUAUUAAAGACACAUUUUCAAACACUGCUACGUUUUUCAGCUGGUAUCGGCUAAGCGACAGUGUUCAUGCAAAGUGCUUAUCACGCUAACCGAACGCAUGACUUAUUCAUUAUGCCCAUUCAGCUGGCAUUUUUAGCAAAAAAAGGUGCCUUAUCCGAUGCUGUGUGAUUUGGUUACUGGUCUGGCGCUAUUUGCAGGCAUUUCUAAGUUUAUAAAGGGUGAACUGAGCCCGGGACAGAGAGAUCAGUAAGGCUUGUUUACAAAUUUUGUCUGCUGAUCGGAGACAAAGGUUUGCCAGUGUGGGUACACACGUAGGUAAAUGUUUGUUUCAAAGCAAAACAGGGUUGUAAAUUUUAUUCUCAUAGGCUGGAGCAUAUAUCUGAGGAAUAGCAGAGAAUAAAUAUAAAUCAUGGGGAUAUAUAAAAUCGAAUUAAAUGUCCGGAAGACUCCUGCGUCGCCAACGAUGAAUUUAAAUUAGGUAAAUUUCCUUGCGUGCCUCUACUUCGCUUCCGACUGGUUUAGAAACAAUCAGCUACUGUCACAACUCACACAUGCGCAGUAUCGUUGUACAGUCCCUUUAAACUCUUGCAAGGGUUUGUCUUAUAUGACAGGGUAUUUCCGAACUCUCUGAUAGCAGUUCUCCAUUAUCUGCAUGUACUUCAACAGUCUACAAUCGACAAGUUCAAUAGUUUUUGAGGCGCUCUGAUACGUUAUUUGUUAUGUCGUUAUAUCGAAGAUUAUUCACACUUGUUGGUACCAUAAUCAACCUCAAUAUUAAUUGAACAGAAACGUAUAUAAAUAUAAGUAAUAAGUUCAGUGAGAAAACAGAUGGACUUGGAUUGAAUUGAGCCAUGAUGUUAUGGCUGAUGUUAAGGCAAGGGAGCUGCCCAAAAGCAUUGACCAAUAGUUUGUAUAAUUUCUGGAAACCUUUGAAAUAAGGGAUAGGAUAUGUUGAUUGUAUUUCGAACGUAAGAUAGACUGAAAAUAAUAUCCGUACUUGCCAAACAACACGCUUCCGUGAUCUUUAUGAGCCUUAAACACAUUUAGUUCUAGUAGUAAAUUUUGACCACGCUAAGCCUUAAAUUUGACCGCAAGAAAUGGAACCUUGCGAUAACUUUUAUCCGGUAAAAAGAAAAAGCAUGCAUCUGAUGAUCUUUCAUUACUGUUUAACUUACAGGACUGUUAUUGUGGGAAAGCGUGUAACGUUUGCUCUGCAGAUGUGACUUUUAAGUGUCAGGUUAGUCUUGCCCACUAUUUUUCUUUUAAGGAAUACUGUACCAGUGAUUAAAAAAGUCCAGUGAUUAGUGUAUGCAACAGGACUACAUGCUGUCUAAUUUGGAAAUAACUGGAUGGAGAAAAUUCCAGCCAAAACUGAGCCAGGACGUCGGCCACUGCUGUCAAAGGGCUUUACACUGAUUGCCUGUUUUUAUUAGCGGAGCUCUACGCGCGCGCGAAGCACCAUUGCUAAGUAAAUCUACCCAUCCCAGAAAAUUUGGUAAUCAUGUGACCGUACACCGACCGACCGCCCGCCGUCCGUCCGCACCACAGGGAAACCAAUGUUUACUCUCACACUUUUAGCUAGUUUGGGAGCUCGAGAGAAAACUAAUUGCACAGGCUACACAUCAAUGUUGUGAUCAAUUGACAGCUAUCAAAACAGGGCAUCCGCUGACAAGUAUCACCUGACCGUACCGCGGGCUCAAGUGUCGACCCAUCGAGGUCGAGUAUUUUUUUAAAGUUAUCCGCUGACAAAUUACCAGUUUCAAAUGAUCGCAGGCUCAAGUUUAUUUUUUCCAAGGAUUCAUAUCAAAUAUGUUGUGGCGAGGAGUUCACCUUCGAAAACAGUAGACACCGCGCUGGAAGCCGGCUAAAACAUAAACUUAGGCUUUACGCUUAAAGACUCAGGAUUUUUAGAGACACUUUAAUACUUGUCUUCGUGAAUGAAAAUUGUUGUCUCUGUAAAUAUUUCACGGAAUUAUAUCUCUUUUUUUGAUUGUUAGUAGUCUCUCUUGCAAUUUUAAUCGCUUGUCCAUGCCGUUUGUUUUCAUCGUUCAUGACCAUCGCUUGCAGGAGUACUCAAAAAUGUCGCGCGUAUCAAACGCUUUAUAAGGUUACACAUCGUUAUAAAUGAAACCAUUAAAUAACAAAACAAAUAAUAAUAAAUUCGCUAUUAUGUUGAAGCGUAACUCUGUUAAAGUUCAUUCAAACACUCGACCACACUGACAGCUCGCACUAUAGAAACGAGAACCAGCUGGCCGUAUGGGUGAUUUUGGAAAUUUUCUGAAAUUUUUGAACGGUUUGGCUCGUCCUGAAUAUUGACUGAGUACAAUUUGUCUUGAAAAAUUGUGAAAUACCGCAUUCUGUCCGAGCUCUGUAUGAUAAAUAGUACUGUUUCACCUCAAAUGUGGUGUAUAAGAAUUAUAAAAAGUUGGUUUAAACACCCCCAGAUUUGUUGGCAAGAAUUUGUAAAGUAAACCUGUCGAACGCAAAAAAAUUUGGCGUGAUUUGUUUUCCAAGAAUUUGUUUUCGAGGCCUAAUCUACUGUGAUCUUGAAUGUGAUCGAAGAUGUUUGCUAUUUUUUGGGUGUACAUAUAAGGUUAUCAAUUCGAUGUAAGAUGUUUCACUCUAAAAUAACUUAGCCUUUCCCUCAAAAGUCACAUGAAUGUGCCCUUAAGUUAAAUGAUUUGUGGAUUAAAAGUUUAUUGUUUGAUUUAAAUUAUAAAUUUAUUAAAAUUGGAGCUUCGCUUUUAGCCCUGGCUAAAUCUAUAUAUUAUUACCUAUUGUAUUUUAUCGGAUUUGAUCUGCUCAGACAAACUGUCUAAACUUUCCUAAAGUUAAAUUGGACAGUUUUAUUUCUAAAAAUUAAAAUAGAAUAGCUAAGCUUAUGAUAUUGGAUCAACUGACUUGCUAAUAAUUACUACUUCAGUGCCCUUGUAAAUGUCAAAUGUCAUACGACGAAUGUGAGGAUUCCGUAACAAAGCUGUGGACCUCGAUACCCUGUCCUUGUGAGUACGCAAUGAAAAAUUAAAAAAAUGUUUUGCCCUCCAUCAUUACUUUUUGAAUCAACAGACGGAUUUAAUGAACAAAUUUUGUAACUUUACUAGUGCCAGUACCCCCGCUGUUUGGAACAGAGGCCGAAGAGGCAGUUUUCAAGAAUGCACUCGCCGCCGUACCAAGAUGUGCUCGCGAAUGUCUGACAAUGUAGGUAUAUCAAUGUAAAUGUGAGGCAUUUUUCCGUGCAUCACUAGAGCGUCUAUUACAGUUUGUAAGCAAGACAUCCAAAUAGGCGUAAGAUUAUUCAGGAAAAAUUUAACGGCCCUCUUUCAAUUAAAUGAAAUUGAUUCUAACUGUAUUUUUAAAAAUUAAUCAAAGCUAGUUAAUUCGGUUUAAUUAAUUUUUCUUGUCGUACGGUGGUCAAUCAUAAAAUAUUUCUUCAAAGUCAUAAUUAAGAGACAGUAUAUUCUUUGAUUAUGUGCCUAUAUUGUAUAUUUAUAUAUUGCAUAUUUUCUUAUUUUGUAAGUGAAAUGUUUUUGUUCUUGAAUUUCUUUUUCGAGACUUCUAGCUUCCACAUUCCUGCGAAGGGUCCAAAAAUUGAAUGCCUGGUUUCAUCGUAUAAAACAACAUUCAGUUUUUUCUUUUCUUCCUUUAGCUUGGACAUGGAUAAAUGUGAAAAAACUUUAGGUUGUCACUGGUGCAAUUUAAAUGCAAAGAAAUCAUGCAACUCAGAAUGUAGAACAGGCGAAAGGUAAACCAUAGUUAAACAUGAUAUGUAUAUACGUUUACCCAGUAAUAAUGCAUUAUUUGAUGCUUGGCUGUUUUACCUUAUACCUCUCCACAGUCAAUAUAGAUCCGUUGCCUAUUUUAUUCCGCCUCAAAAUUGUUUGCGACCAAUUUUCAUUUAAAAUUGACUAAAGCGAAAGUAAUUGAACAGUGUUUAUAAGUAUCACAGAAGACUGAGGAUACUUCUUCAAAGAAUUAGCUGUAACCCUCCACACGGGGCGAAUCUAAUGAAUAAAAAAUUAUGUUAAUGUAUGUCUCCUAGUACCUGUAGUUUCAUUAACACGCUAGAGCUAAUUGUUUGCUCAGUUUAUCAAGCAUUUAAAAAGUGCGUUGGAUUUGACACAUUCUUGAUUAAUGCCAAAGUCAAUUCAUUUGAGUCGACAGAAGUAGGUAUUUGAUUUAAUGAAUGAAAAGUUCGACGUUUGAAACGGGCCAGACCUCCUAAAUUUUAGUAUUCGUUCUUGGUUUAUAACCAUUGUGACUGUUAGAGUUAAGACAACCGAAAUAGAGAGAGGUUCAUGAAAUACUGGUAAGUUGCUAUUAACACACAGACUUUUCUUUUAUUUCAUUUUCAGUUUGUCGAUUGCUGUCCUGUUUCCUUGCAACAAUUUUCAAAAUUUGUCAGCUGUUCAAAAUGUGGCUGUCAAGUUCCUUUUGAAACGAAAUUUACUGAAUCUCGUUUCUAGUAUGACCUCGCUAAGCUUGGAAGUUUUAGAACUACAAAAGGUAAUGUAGCCGCAGGGGACCGCAGAAGUGAUAUUAUUCUAGCAGUAGCACUGACCAUCAACAAAAGCACAAUUAGGUAUAUUUAUUGCCACAUUAGUCUCAAUCGUAGAAUAGAAAAAUUAAACGAGACUUACCUGUAAGUUGAAGUUUGAUUGAAAUUCUGUUACGUGACGUGAGGAGGGGGAAGAUCACAUGAGAUAGCACAGCGCACGUGCCAAGUCAUUCUUCAAAAUGUGUGGGUUUGAAAGGGACAUAGAGUACCAAAUAAAGCCCAAAUUUACUCAAAGGUAUUUGGCGCUCAUUAAGAGCAACACAGAAGUAAUGUUCCAUGGGAGGGAACAAAAGGGUUCGGGCAUGUGAUCUCCUCCCUCCGCACGUCACGUGAUAGAAUCUCAAUCACAUGUCAAAUUUCGUCUCGUGCAAUUUUCCUGUCCUAUCACGUGACUACAGGAGACAGGUGAUCCCAUGAGACUUUAAAGCCUUGAACACCCACAACAGGCAACAGUGUAUUCAUAAAAGUUUCACUUUAUCACAAUAAUACAUAUAAAUCAUGAAAUAACAAAGAGUUGUUCAAUAACGAUAGCAAUACGAUAUCCUGGCCCGUGGUACAGCACAAAUAUUUGCAUAAAAAGAAACCUAUUCUCGUAUAAACAUAAACCUUACUUACUAACCUAAAAGACUUCCUUAUUUUGAUACAAUUCUUUCAACAGCUGUUUCAACAGUUGGCUGGCGCUCAGCUGAAACCUUUCACAAGUUUUAUGAUAAACCAAUCUGGGAGGAAACCACAAUGGCCUCGCGGCUAUACUGUCCACCUAUUUUCUGUACAGAACAAAACUUCUGAAAGGUUGCAGCUGAGCGCCAGCCAACUGUUGUGAGAAUUGUAUCUAAACGUUCAUCUUUCUCUUUGGCCUUGAAGGCUGAAACCACUCUAGCGCUAUGUGCAGAAAUUUUUGUUGAAUCAUUUCCAGAUCUUUGAAGUACAGAUCUGGUUUCCAGGAGCAGUAUGUGUCAAAUUUAUUAUUGAUCCUUGUUGCAAUCAGUUCUAUGUUAAGCCCAGGAUAUUCUGAUAAAAUUUCUUUUAAAGCCCAAUCAUAUUUGUCAGAAAAGUUGCGUGAUUGCUAAUCUGCACCUACAUUUGACUUCCCAGGAGUGUGAACUGCUGUAAGCCAGUUGUCACGUUUGAUAGCCCAUUCCAAAACUUCUUGCGCUUAACUAUCCGCUUCGAUGCAUUUGUCGCCCCUCAUGUUGUCAAUAUAGACCACAGUGGUAGCGUUAUCUAACUGUAACUGAAUAUGCGCCUUUUUGACAUGAGCCCCAAAUGACUGGAGGGCAAAUAAUGCUCCGCUUGUAACUCUAGCAGGUUUGUGUCGAGAUGAUUCACAGGGGGUCCACCUUCUCCAACUUCUCCAUCCUCCAAUUUCUGACCCUUCAAACACUGUCACCCACCCCUUUUUGGAUGCAUCUGAUUGGAUAAUCAUAUGGGGUGUAGAUUGCAGUUUGGUUGUUUUGACAUAAGGUAUAUUUGCAAUCCACCAGUUAUUCUUUAAAAGAUGGAGGAUGAUAAUAUCCUAGGUACUUGGAAUAUCACUGGCACUAAGGGCCUUGGUUUGUCAUACUCCAGUGGUCUGUGGUGUAGUAGGCCAAAUUGAGCUCCCUGAAGAUUUGAUAUUAUAAUGCCAAUUAGCCUGGCCACCUCUAAAAUUUCAGUUCUUCCUUUAGAAAGGAUCUGCCGACAGGCCUGAACUGUCUUUUCUACCAUUUGGGGAGUGGAAUAUUCUGUCAUUUCUACCGAGCUCAAAACGAAUCCCGGAAAAGUCAAAAUCUGGUUAGGAAUGGACACAGAUUUUAAGGGAUGGAGAUAAAACCACAAUUUAGUAAAUAAACAUGCGGUGUUCACGACAUUGCGUCUGCAUUCUUCACUCGUGUCUCCUUGCAAAUUGGAGUCAGCAAUAUAAACUAGGCUCAGAUGGCCCUGAUUAUGUGGACUUGAAUAAACAGGCUUUAGUAACUACGUAAAAAUGCGAGGCGCACUGCAAAGACCAUUAGGUAAGCAAGUUUAUUGGUAGAGGGUGCCAUUAGACACCAUUGACAUUUCAAGUAUUUCUGGUGCUCAGUGUGUAUUGGUACUGUGUAAAAGGCACCCUUUAGGUCCACAGAUGCCAUUUAGCACCCUUGUUUCAUCAUCCUUAUUACGAUCUCUGACGUGUCCAUUUUGAAAUGAUGGUGCGCUACAAACUCAUUUCAUUGUUUUAAAUUAGGGAUCAUUCGAAAAGAUCAAUCACUCUAGACCUUAAAAAAAAUAAAUUCACCUGGUUCAGUACCAGAUUCCUUGAUAACCUCCUUUUCAAGAAGGGCUUGAAUUUCAAGUUCAAGUAUAUGAUGUUGCUGGGCUUUGAAUACACCUGGCCGGGAAGUUCCCUGGCUAGGGGAAAUCCCUCCCAUAAAUGAAAAUUGACCCCACGCACGUAUUGUGGUAUAUUUCGGUCAGACAUAAUAUCACACCACGCGGGUUGAAACUCUUUCAGCUUUCCCUCUUGAAAGGUAGUAAGAGUGUACAUAAAUUUACCAACAUUAUAUUAACAUACCUCUGAAGUUACUGUUUGGCUGCCCUAUCCUUUUUGAGCCGAAAAAUCACUAAAAAUUGUUCCAAAAAAAUCGACAGAAAAUCACGUCCAGUGCAUAUUUUAUGGGCUAAAACGGCUGUUUUGAUUCCCAAAGUACCUUCGACCACUAACAUUAUUUUAGUGGUUGCUGUGGUAAGAGCUGGUCUGGCACUUUCUUGCAGGUAGGCCUUUUGGCGUCAGUGAUGUCUUUUGUCAGUUUGGACUGGUCGCCGAAAAGAACUUCCGAGGACGGAAGACACGUGUUCUUGCGGCGCGAAAAUGCACGAAUGUAUGUUGCUUUAACUGCGUUAAAGCUCCAUUGGGAAUCCUUAACGUUUAUAUUUAGGUGAAGUACGUUGACUUGUCAAGUGAAUGCGAAGCUUCCUAUGUAAGUCUCUUGUGAUUCCCUGGCUAUUUCGCAAAGUUUCCGUGUGACACUUACGAAGACAACCUAGCUUUCCAGCGCAAACUGUGUAAUGAUCUGGCGUGUUCGCUGUGCUAUCUCAAGGUUUCUCCUUUCCCCUGUAGUCACGUGAUAGAAUCUGAAUUUAGAGCUUGUGUUUGUGUCGCAUUUUUAUUGAAUUGAGUUUAUUGCGCUGGUAAGUCCAUCGUAACUUGUUUUACAAAGUGUGAUCUUUAAAAUAGACGAGAAAAAAUAACAACAAAUAUGGCACUCUUCCAUUUAUACAUUUACUCCCUCCCCCAAUUUCUCAUUCAUAAGCUCGAUAACCUAUUUGAGCCAGUAAAAGUUGUGAUUACUACACGUACUAUACGGCAAUCUCUUCGAGUGAGGUUGCUGCUGAUCAUCCUUACUUUCUUGCUUCCUAAGUUUGCCUUGUAAGGAAUAAAACGUCAUUCUGUUAUACAAUAGGAUGGAAUACUACUCAAGUUGUUUGCAACCAGCGUAAGUAGUGAUCUCAAAGGAAUGCAACAAAAUAUUCAAUGGUUGGCAAGGCAAGGUAAAAUAAGGCUUGGAUCUGAUUCGGAUCUACCUCAAGUUUACGUUGCUAAGAGUCCAAAGGACUUCACGGAGUGAGUAGUAGUUCUCUCUUGUUGAUCUACAUUACAAACUAUUCAGGGGCCAUUUGAAACAAUAGCUUUGAUGGUUGCUGCAUAGGUUCAAGUAAAAGCUAGACUUAAUUAAUAAAUUGUAAUCAGAAUCAGCUUCAGCCUGAAAAUUUUUCACACUUAACUUUCGACCUUUUUACAAGUGUCGCUUAUAUUUUUCAUUCUCAUACACUGCGUGCAUGAUCAAUCAUGAUCAAUAUGACGCCUACUUGAACAGAAAUAUAAAUUAUAAACUGAAGGCAGUCAUGUUUACUAUCGUGGCUUUAUUGCUUGUGUUUAGUACAUCUGACCUCCCUAAUAAACCCCAUUUUUUUCAACCUUUGACGAGAACGAGUUAGCUAGACGUUUGUUUGGUGACCCCACAAUACAGACGUCAGUAUAAUGUCUCGUCUUUGCGUGGAGCAUUGUCUUCUAUCUAUUCAGACUCCACUCGAGCAACAGUCUCGAUGAAUAUUCCCUAUCUGGUUCUUAUCAAACUACAAAAAUCCUCGGAAGGGUCUAUUGCACACAGUUACAACAACAAACAUAAUUUCAAUACUUUUCCGUUAUCCCUAGUUCUUCGGCAAUUGUCUUCCUCUACCUUUUUUCUAAAGGGGAAAAAGUCUGAGAGCAAGAUCACAAAUCCGCCCUAGUAUAACUAUUAUAUAGCAUCCAGAUUUACUGAACAGAGUAAUUAAACACGAAAUCUACCGUAAUUGGCUAGUGCCUAUAUGGCUGUAGAAAUGUUAUAAGUAAUUUAUAUAUUCGUUAUGACCCCGUGUAACGUCGAGGUGGUAAUUUAUUUUACUCAACAUAACUUGUUACAAUGAGUGCCUGUUCGUUUCCGCCCCCUAAAACUGGCUUUUAUCUCUUUAAUUGCGUCCUUUUGAGUCUUAAUCAAGCCAGUGUACUUUAUUACGUGACUUCCGUUUAAUUUCUAUCUUGUUAGUUUGAUCAUUUGCUUAACACUGGACGUUGAUAUUCCGGCGGAAUCCCUUGUUAUGAGUUACAACAUUGAGUCUGAACUGCAAUAUACUCUGAACGUGUUGCUGGGAAAAUCACUGGUAACACGAAUCCGUCGAGUACAUUUUAACAAGGUAAGAUAAAUCAGAUAUUUGUUUCUUUUUUGUUUAUUUCUUAAAUAAUUUGAAAAGAAACCAAUUUGUAACUCUUUUUUAAUCAGGUAACAGAAACGAGUUCAGUAAAUAUAUUGAUAAAAAAUAAUCUGUUUUGGCAUUUCCCGCUUGCUAAAGUUUUGUAUUUUGUAAUGUCAUUUGGUUGCCGCCUUUGUUACAAACGUGAAGGGUGAUUUUUCACAAUAGUGGCAUCCAGUGAUAUCAUGCUAAUUUAAAAUAUUUGCGUUCAGGAAAAAAUAGAAGAAGAAAGUAAAAGUAACCUUACUGUUCGCCUGAGAUGAGUAACAGAGGCUAAUAAACGGUCUUUUUCCGGUUUUAGACAUCAGUUACGUUCUCUUUGAGUAACGAGGGUUACACACACUUGUAUCCAAUGGAGGCAUUUAAAGAAAGACUCAAAAGAGCUGUUAGAUUGGGCGAGCUAUCGCUCCACAUUCCCCUUGCCGAGGGGAAAACUACAAAAAAGAACCUGACUGUCAUUAACAUCUCCGCACGUGGAACGUUCGAUUUUCUUUGUUAUCCAUGCACACUAGCUACAACAAAAGAGGCAUUUCAAACUUCCUCGCAGACAACAACGCAUGGUGGUAGUGAUGGUACAAUGGGGGCAAUAACAGGUGAGGUGUAGUCGAGUCUGCCUAAUAUGUGUGAUGUCUGUGUAUCCUAUAAAACCAAAAUAGGAUAACAGUUGGCACUACGGACCCGAGAAGAAACAAACAGGAUAAUCUCUCUUGUACAAACAGCUGAGACCUUUCAUAGAGCGUUUUUACACGACGUCACUACGGCCAUAUUGGUGUUAUAAACAACUCCUGUAAAAAUUGAACUCGUUUUUUUAUGUAAAGGUCUUCUCUUUUUUGUUCCAAUAAAUUUGAAUAGAUGCUGACCACGUGACUACAAACGCUCCGUUCGGCUCAAAACAUUGGCCAACAUCUUAACUAUCAAUUUACAUUUUAUCCUGUAAGGAAAUUUUACCUGUAAUUUAGCAACACCUUACACCAGAAAAAAAUGGGUAGUUUGACCAGUUGAAGUAUCGCGUAAAACUUUUACCCAUAUAUGUAUACGUUCCUUUUUCGUUUCGUUCUUGUAAUGUUUAAUCUUCGUUGACAAUGAUUAAUGGAGUCGCAGAAACAACCAACUUAAUUUGUCGUCUAUUUAUCCUUUAGCGAAAACUACUUUCAACACCCCGUCAGAGAAGGACAGGGAAUUAAAGCCAGGCCUUACCCCAGUGGAGAUAGGAGUGAUUGUCAUAAUCUCUAUACUUGCUUCUUCCUUGCCUUGCAUUCUGUGUCUGCUGCUUACAAGAAAAAGACAAAAGAAAGAACGCGUUACUCCUCAGCAAGAUCUUGACGAAGAUUUGUCAUCUGAAAUAUCUCAGCUAUCAGAAAUUGACGCUGAUUGCAACAUUAUUGUCAAUCGCGCGUACUUACUGCAAGAAGAGUCCAGAGCAUAUUGUCCACCGAAGAAGGCCUGGGUCAGAGCGAAGGAACUUGCAAUAUCUAAUCAUGUCCCAGAAGGAGCAUGGUUUUAA